AUGUUUUGUCUGCUAUGUUUCCUGUGCACUUUUGCACUGAUCGCCGCGGCUCAAACCCCACCGUCCACCGAAUACACGGUCCAGCACGUUGCGGCCUUGGACAACUUUCUUGUCGAGAAUCUAGCUGUGCGGGCCAACGGCAAAAUUCUUGUGACGACUUCGGCUCCCGCGGCGACAUUAUGGCAAAUCGAUCCCGAAUCGUCCCUCAAUGCCACUCUUGUCACACGCUUUCCAGGCGUGUCUGGCUCUUACGGCAUCACUGAGCUCCAGCCAGAUGUGUUCUAUGUGACCACCGGCAACUUUUCGAUUCAGACCAGACAACCCGUUCCGCAGUCAUUUGCGCUGUUCGAAGUGGAUAUGACGGGCUUUCACCAGCUUCCCACCGGCAAGAUAGUCACCUCCCCAACUCCGCGCAAAGUCGCUUCAAUCACGGAUGCCACUGUCCUAAAUGGUCUUACACAUGUUGACGGUGAAGACGGAUUUGUCCUGGCGGCGGAUUCGUACGCUGGUGUAGUCUGGAAGGUCGAUAUUGCAACAGCCAGUGUCACGACAGCUAUAAAGGAUGCGUCGAUGGAUCCCAGUCCCUCCAAAGCGGCAGGAAUAAAUGGCUUGAAGUAUCAGAACGGUUUUCUCUAUUAUACAAACACAGGGUCAAACCUGUAUUACCGCCUCGCAAUCAAUGCCGACGGUACUGCUUCAGGGAGCCCCGAGACCUUGGCGCAAAUCGCAAAGCCCGACGAUCUCAUCUUGGAUGACGCUGGAACGGCCUAUAUCUGUCAACAGGUCAACGCUCUGAGUAGCAUAGCCAGCAACGGGACACAGCAGGUGUUAGCAGGCACCAUCAACAGCAAUACUAGCUCACUUCUCGGGCCGACUGCCGUGGCUUGGGGAAGAGCUGCAUCGGACAGGAACAAGCUGUAUGUGACAACGAAUGGAGGGCAAUCGGCUUCUCUGAACACGACGUCGGGAUCGCAGGGGCUCUCUGUGAUUGGACCUAUCGCUCAGCAAUCCACCGCGUCGAACAGCUCUUCGACUUCGGCUACCUUGUCAGCGACACAAGGAGCAGCUACACAGACACAGUCCAAUGGAGGGGCCGCUGUAUAUUACGACCAAGAAAUGCGUCUGUAUUUUUCCAUUGCUUUCCUGGCUCUUUUUUCUGUCCAGUUCUAG